AUGUGAAUCACCUAUCUCCGAUUCUCCAUCCGAUUCUCUCUCCGAUUCUCUCUCCGAUCCUCCGAACACUAUUACCUUUAUAAAUAAAAGGUGCUCUUUAAAUGAAUUUUAUGAUAUUAGGCGUAGUUGGUCUCACAUAGAAGUGCGGCAUCUUAAAAACAUAUUUUCGAAAAAGCGUGCUAUUCUUGACGGGAAACGAAGAAAUUCCUACGCUUACACUAAUUCCAUAAAAACAAAUAAACAAAUUGCUGCUGAAUCAGAAAUUCACCCUCCAACUGUACCUUCUUCUCCUGUCCUUCAAGUUGAUGUUGAAAAAGAAAUUGAUGUUACUACUAAGUCAAAUCAAAUGAGAAAAUUCAUUUCUUGUGAGAGAAUCGGAUGGAGAAUCGGAGAUAG